AUGGAGAUAAGAAGAAGUCUUGAGGCAAAUUUUCUUACCUGCCGUGUCUGCAACAAGUCAUUCACUAAUCCCAAAGUGCUAUCAUGCAUGCACACAUUUUGUAAACCUUGUUUGGAGCAGGUUUUCCAGCAGGAGACGCUGGAAGCAGCAAGGAAACGCCGGGACUUGGAACAACAGCUUAGAUCAUCUGGCUACUCGUCCACUUCGUCCGGCUCUCAGUAUAAGGGGCGUUGGACACGAGCUUUUAAGGCCAAUGAACAUCAGUAUAAUGUGUCGCGUUAUUCAGAUGACACCAUACAAUGUCCUGUGUGUUCUAAGAAGACUACUUUACCAAUGUCAGGGAUACAUGGUCUACCAGAUGAUCAGAUGGCUGGAAAACUUGCCGGCAUUGUUGGGAAAAUCCCAAAUUACCCGGUUUGUGAUGUCUGUUCCUCGGGUAAUCCUGCCAUUUACCCUGAAAUUUCCCUCGGCGAUGAGGCUCAUUGUUACCAAAAAAUGCCCAACGAUCGACCUUGGACAGACGCAGAGGAUGGUGAUACCACAAGUGAUCUUCAAUCCACAGAUGAUGAAGACGCUCAUUGUCAUAAUGGUGGGCGACAACAGCGAACAAGUGUGGGGAGUCGUCCCCGCACCACUCGUCGAUACAACCGUAGCGGGCAGAAAAAGAUGACACUGAACGCCUCAGACGACGAACUCUUCUCACUCUCGUUGGGUUUGAAACCGGCUCAUCCAAACGAGGCUGUUGCUGCUUGUCUUGAGUGCGCGAAGCGUCUAUGUGACUACUGCCUUCAAAAUCACGCAAAACUGGCAGUCAUAGCAAGUCAUGUGAUUAUCAAGUUGGAUCAACUCGCCAAACUGUCAUGUCCCCGCCAUCCAAGGGAAACAAAGCGGUUUUUCUGCCUUACAUGUGGUGAGCUAGUGUGCCUUGUAUGUACUUUCGAAUCAAGUAUUUCAGAUUUAAAUUCAGGGCUCGGAAAUGACGAUUCCUUUCAAGCCACAGGCCAUGCUGAUCACGAUGUGUUAUCCAUCCGUCAAGGUCUCACAAGUCUCGAACAAAGCGUAAAUAAAUCCAUUUUUGACUGUAAGCAGAAGGCCGAGCGCUUGGAGCUUAUUCUAUUAGGUUUAAGGUCUUGUGCGUCUAAUGUGCUCUCACUUAGGUGUGCGAUCAACACAGCAGCUGAUAGUCUAAUCAAAAGUAUCACGGAACAAAAAGAGACUUUGCUGCAGGAACUGGACAGAGACGUAGGGGUCCCGACGGACCAGCUGACAUCACAGUGUGAGGCUAUCGCUGCUUCUCUUGCUAGAUGGGAUGAGUUAAAGACAGAAAAUGAUGUUAUGGAAACCCUAUAUAAUCUGCAUCCUGUAGCGGCUCUGGCGGAGGCAAGUUUGAUACGCGACCGCUACCAUGGUUUGCUGAAAGUCCUUUGUGACUCUCUCCCUCGUCAUGAUAAUUGGCCCAAACUAAUCAAGGAGAUCGACACUUUGGAGCAUAAUUUUGCUCAACAGACUAUUUUUAAUUCUUAUGAUGAUAUCGGUGGUAGUGAGACUGGUAAUGAGACAGAUAGUUCGACUGCCACGAGUAACAGCCUCCAAAAAACAUCUAAGCGAGUGCGCUUUGCUCCUCCUGCCGAGGCCGUGGGCAUGAUACCCCCCUCCUACAAUGCCCACUGGACUCGUCGGCUAGGCAAAUUUAUCCCUGGUGAAGGGGUAAAUUUGGGGAGGCGAGCCACACCAGGUCAGUUAGCAGCAGAGGCUUUCGCAAAACGUGAGAAACUCGCUUGCAAGGCGGUUCAGGCAAGUCCAACUGAUAUAAAUGGCCGCCCUCUGCCUGCAGAACGUGAUGCCAGGCGCCACCGAGCCAUUCAAGUUGACCUACGACCCACCAACCAAAAUGAGACCAGCAUCCAGACAGAGCCUUGCACGGUCUCCGCCGUUAAUCGUGUAAAAAUGGAUUCAGGAACUCAGUACCAAAGUUCAGAUAUCAACACUCCUUUAUCUUUUUUCCGAAGCUCCAAACAGAUUACCGUUCAGAAAUGA